UGUCCGAUGAGGGCCAUAGCAUUUAGAAAAUCAUUAAUAGUGUAGCUUUUGUAUCAUUCGCUUUGGUGUAAAUUAAAACACUGAAUGCAUAAGAAUAGUCAAUUACGCUGUAUUUAUUUUCUACUAUUUAUUUCGAUUUAAAAUUCGCGCCAGUAUUCAGACUUGAACAGCUGAUAUAUUCGCGGCGGUUAAGGUCGUUACAAUAGAUUCCGGUUCAUUUGUGAUAAUAGUUUAUCAGUUGAAGAAAAAUGCUAAGAGCUCUAGUUCUUUUAGCUAUCUUAGGAUUAUAUACUAAUGCCUUAGAAGAAUCGGGAUUGACUCAACUAGGAAAAAAGUUUCUAAUUUCAGGAUAUAAAACUACAUUUUUAGACGCUUUUGUAACAUGUAAAGCGUUAGGCUAUCAAUUAGCCUCGAUUUUAAAUGAAACUGAUGAAGCCGAGUUGAAUAAUACCGUACCCAUUGGAAAGGAUUACUGGUUAGGAGCGGUAUACGAGCAAACCCAAGUGUUCGAAUCGAAAUGGGUCUGGAUACACUCCUUGGAACCGGCCGAAUAUGCAAACUGGAAUUCAGGAGAGCCGAGUCCCGGAAGUACCGCUUUUUGUGUCGGAAGAGUCUAUACCGGAUAUUGGGUCAGCUUGCCCUGUAAUGCUCAAAAUCUGUUUUUAUGCCAGAAAAUUAAUUAAUUGUAAAUUGCUUAUUUAUGAUCUUAUAAGUAAAAAAGUUGUUUUUUUAAAUUCUUUCGCCUUGUUCUUGCUAUCCAUUUGUGGAUAAUACUUUAAUUUUUUCCCAAUUUUAACAACGUUUCUCUUUACAUUUAGUAUAUUAUAUACAGGGUUGUGAUUUAAUAACAAAUAAAUUCAAUAAAAGGCAA